UUAAAAACAACCAUUUUGUAUAAGUUUGCCAACAUAUUUUUAUAACAUUUCCAUCAUGUGUUGCCCCUGUGUCACAGAAUUGUAUAUUACUUCAGCAACUUGAGAGUAUUUUUUUUUAAAUGUUAUUGACUUUGAAGCUGGCUUGACACUAUGUGCUGUAUUAAUAUUUCUUGUCUUAAAUUGCAGUGAGAUUUGAAAACAAAAAAUCAUCAUUACUGUAAAUGUUGACUUUAGUCUACAAUUAACAUAACAUGAAAUAACAAGGAAUUAUAAUGAGCAACCCACUCCGAUCAAGAGUUAUUCAGUUGUACAAACAGCUUCUUUAUUAUGGUAAAGAUUACCCGCUUGGCUAUGAUUACUUUAAACCAAAAUUAAAGACUGCGUUUAUGAAGAAUCGUGAUGUUACAGAUCCAGUGAAGAUUGAAGAAUUAAUUGAAAGAGGGAAUUAUAUUGUCAAGGAGUUGGAAGCUUUAUACAUGCUUCGUAAAUAUCGAACCAUGAAAAGAAGAUAUUAUCCUGACUAGGUGUAAAUAAUUUUUUUGGAUUAUAAUUGUAAAUAUUUUUUGUGAACAUGAAUACUGUUAAUAUAAUAAUCUUCCAUGGCAA